AUGGCGGAAGACCUGAAGCGUCUUCAAGACCACAGUGAAGUGGCUGUGACAACUGCAAGAAAAAUGGCAGCAUAUUGCGAGCAGCUGCGUCAAUCAGCCUUGUUAACCAGACCACUAAAGAGGAGGCCUAGUCCUCGACCGGGCCCCGGAGACAUUGAUCCAAAGAACCACUUCAAAACACGUUCCAGGGAGGAAGAGAAUCUCAAAAGUGCCAUUCUUGCUCAGUAUUCACAUGUGUCGGAUGGAGAAGUUACUGACAGUGAUCAGGAAGAAGAGAGCGGUGGAGGUAUAGGCCUUAAGAAUACCAAUGCAGAAGAAGUUUAUAAAGCAGAGCGAGAGAAGAGAGAGAAGGACAAAGAAGAAUCACAGCGCAAGAAAGAAAAGGACAAAGAAGACAGAGCUAAACAGAAGUCUAAAGACGACGAGAGGAAGGAGAAAGAGAAGAAACGCACCCAAAAGGGAGAACGAAGACGGUGAUUGCCUGCGGUAUUAGAUGUUAGCCAUUAUUUUCAGGUCUUAAUUUUUAAUUAGGACAACUGAUAUCAUCAUAAUAGUGAAUAUUGUACACCAGAGGAGAUAAUGUUUAGUAAAUUAAUAUUCAGUAAAUUCUUGUCACAUAUUGUAUUUUUAUAAUGCUAUGUUUAGUUUAAUGAGAAUUCAUUGUGUUCAUGAGCUAUACAUUAGAUUUUUUAUGACAAAUCGACUUACAACUGUGGAUUCUCGAGUCAUAUAAUAGCAUUCUAUUACUUCGAUGUCAGCAUUAGAACAAUACUCUAUUGAAAGAUUAGGUCUUGAUAAAAGUGUUUGUGUAGCUAGAUGUAUUAUAUUCACUUUAAAUACUGUAUUCUUAAUAUUUGACAGCUUCAGUAUGAACAUAUGGACAACAAAUUAUAUAAUAUAUGGACAAAAUAAAAAUACAAAGUUAUUUCCUA